AGCAAGCGAGCGCAUGUGAGAGAGAGGGAGAGAGAGAGGGAGAGAGAAAGGGAGAGACGGGGAGAGGAUAGUGGAACAGGCGAAGUGAACUUUGAGAGGAGCAGCACUGAGCGUGUUUCGCUCCUUCGUCGCGGCACCUUGGACUGGAUUACCCCCCCCCCCCCCAUACCAUCUCUUCGGGGGCACAACAAUGGAAGUUUGGGUGUACAGUUACCAUGACCACCUGCUGCUCCACGCCGAUUGUCUUCGCUAGCUGUCCUUUGUCCGGACGUGACCGUCCCUGGGACUCGGCUGUUUUUUUCCCGGUCUUUCUCUUUAAUGGCGUGUGAAAUAUUAGCAGCGAGUGUGAAGUUCCGAGGAGACCAGUGAACGAGCGGCGAUGGGAGACUGAGCGGGCAGCGGACCGCUUUAAAAACCUUCUGACAGAGCACCUCUGACCCAGCAGGGAGAGGGCACGCAAGGAUGACCACCGUGUCCAUGGCGUCCAUGACGGCGCUGGUGGAGAGGGUCCCGAACGGCACCGCCCUGUCCCCGUCGGGCCUGACCCCCUCCCACGAGGACACCGCCGCCACCUUCACCAUCGGCACCAUCCUGUCCAUCAUGUGCCUGGUGGGCGUCACGGGCAACAUCUACACCCUGGUGGUGAUGUGCCAGUCCAUGCGCACCUCCGCCUCCAUGUACAUCUACAUCAUCAACCUGGCCAUGGCCGACCUGCUCUACCUGCUCACCAUCCCCUUCGUGGUCUGCACCCACUUCCUGCAGGGCUGGCACUUUGGCGACGUGGGCUGCCGCAUCCUCAUCAGCAUCGACUUCCUGACCAUGCACGCCAGCAUCUUCACGCUGACCAUCAUGAGCACCGAGCGCUACUUCGCCGUGCUCAAGCCCCUGGACACGGUGAAGCGCUCCAAGAGCUACCGCAAGGCCAUCGCCCUGCUGGUGUGGGCGGCCUCGCUGGUGCUCACGCUGCCCAUGAUGGUGGGCAUCCAGCUGAUGAAGGUGGGCGCAAAGACCAUGUGCCAGCCCACCCUGGCGCCGAUCACCUACAAGGCGUACAUCUCCUUCCUGUUCUGCACCAGCAUCGUGGCGCCGGGCCUCAUCAUUGGCUAUCUCUACAUCCGGCUGGCGCGCACCUAUUGGAUCUCCCAGACCGAGACCUUCAAACAGACCAAGAAGCUGCCCAAUCAGAAGGUGCUGUACCUCAUCUUCACCAUCGUGCUGCUCUUCUGGGCCUGCUUCCUGCCCUUCUGGAUCUGGCAGCUGUUGGGCGAAUUCCACCCCUCGCUGGCCAUCUCCAACACGGCCAAGCGGAACAUCAACUACCUGACCACCUGCCUGACCUACAGCAACAGCUGCAUCAACCCCUUCCUCUACACACUGCUCACCAAGAACUACAAGGAGUACCUGCGCAAGCGCCAGCGCACCUGGACGGCCAGCAGCUACUUCAGCCGCCGCAGCCGCUUCCAGCGCUCGCCGCGCCGCUCGCCGUCCUCCAGCAGCCAGCAGUGCACCGAGAGCUUCGUGCUCUCGCACACCGCCUCGCUGCGCGCCCACAAGAGCAGCCUGUGAUGGGGCCCAGCUGGGGCUAGCUGGAUUUCCCAGCUAGCGCUAGCUGGUCUUCGACGGCUAGCACUAGCUGUUAUUCACGGAUACGCUAGCUGUGUUUUUCAUGGCUAGCGCUAGCUGUUGUUCACGGCUAGCGUUAGCUGUUUUUGAUGGCUAGGGCUAUCUGUUUUUUAUAGCUAGCGCUUGUUGUUUUUCCCGGCUAGCCCUAGCUGUUUGUCAUGGCUAGCCCUAGCUGCUUCUCACGGCUAGCGCUAGCUGCUUCUCACGGCUAGCGCUAGCUGUUUUUCAUGGCUAGCGCAAGCUGUUUUCCACGGCUAGCACUAGCUGUUUUCCACGGCUAGCACUAGCUGUUUUCCAUCGCUAGCGCUAACUGUUUUCUACGGCUAGUGCAAAGUUGCUUCUCACGCAUAGCGCUAGCUUUUUUUUAACAGCUAGAGCUAGCUGUUUUUCAUGGCUAGCUCUAGCGGGGUUCGCGCUUGCCAUCAGAAGGGGGUGGAUAUGUUGACGGAAUGCCCCGGCCGUUCCCUGCAUGACUCCUUCCUCGUCCAACAACGGGCUCGAACACUGAAUAUGCGAUCAGCCGAUUCCUUUUUUUUUCUCCACUAUUUUACAGAACAGCAGCACACAACGGCACUGGGAGUUUGAUGCACAAACUGGGACAGCUUCUGUCACUGGGGAUCACUUUCUUGGCCUCUAGAGGAGUAUGGCGAGGGUGGGGGAGCUUGGUGUGUUAUCAGAUGGGCCUGAUGACCGAGUUGCUGUUGCACAAACAUGUCCAUCUGAAUGACCGCCGCCUGGCUUCCUGAUGUGGGCCGUAAACAGGUCUUUGGGAACUGUGUGUUCCUCUGGGGUGUUUAUGGAUGAAGCUGAGCCCUUGGAAACACUUCCAUCUCGGACGUGACCUGAUGAAAUGUUAUGUGUAUCGCUCACAAUCUGACACAAAAGUACGCAGAAUUGGUUUAUUUUUCUCUGUGGAUUUUAAAUUGGUCAUGAAGGAUAAAUGUGUUGCCUGACUCUCUGAAGAAAGAUUGAUUAUCGAUUGGAAAGAUUUUUUCUCUCGUUGACAGUUAAAGCAGAAUAUUAUCGUUGUUUAUUAGUGAAAAAUGCCUUUGACCUCCGUGAGAAAGACAAUAGAAUGAACAAUAAGGAAAGCCCAAGUUGAACAGACUCCUACUUUUAAGAUGUGAGACAAUAAAAGCUACGUAAAUAAUGUUUCCACGUA